AACAUUACCAGAGAGGAAUAUAAGCCGACAUGAAGACAAUAAGAGCACCAGCAGCUUCUCUGGCUGGCUUCAUUCUCUUCUUUCUCUUCACUAACUCAGCCUUAGGUUCCUUUCCCAAAGCAGAGAAUGUUACUUGGAUAUCCACUAACUUCAAAACCCUGCUGACCUGGGGUCCAAAACCAUCAGAGGAUUACUCCUACACUGUGGAGUUCUCUCUGCCUGGUCAAAACGGACAGAGAAACUUUAACUGCAUCCGGAGCUCAGCGACAGUGUGUGAUCUGACUUCAUCUCUGACGGAGCUGAAAGCCUACUACACAGCUGAGGUCCUGUCUAAACCCCCGCUGGGGGAAACCUCUGACGGCCCUGAGAUCUUCACCCGCUCACCACGAUUCAGCCCCUACAAAGACACUGGUAUAGGUCGACCUGAUUUCAAGCUGGAGGUGAGCGAAGACAAAAAGAAGACCACGCUGCAUGUGACUGACCCGCUCACUGCGCUGUUUAAAGACGGUCACCAGCAGAGCAUCAGGGACAUCUUUGGAGACGAGCUGGAAUAUAAAGUCACCUAUCGUAAAAAUCAGAGCACUGGCAAGAAAACGCACAUUUCCAAAAGCAGUGUGAUAGAGAUCAUUGGUCUGGACCGAGGCGAGAGCUACUGCUUCUACGUCCAGGCCUUCAUCCCCAGCCGCAGCGUGGAUAAACAGCUGGGAGAGGAGAGCCUGACCGAGUGCACCAAACACGACCCGUCCAUCUUUGACAUGUACUCAGUGGGUGUGAUCGCUGCUGCCAUCUUGCUCAUCCUGCUGGUGAUCGUUGUCAUCGUUGCUGUCACAGUGAUCUGCUGCAAACGGAGGAACAAAGCUCAGAAAAGUGGAAAAGAAGGAGUUCCCCUCCAGAGAGUAUAGAGAGUGUAUUCUAUAUGGGACAGCUGGCCUGAAUGGCUCAUGAUCCUGUAGAACAUUCCUUCUUUCAAACACUGGAAUCAAUCCGCACAUAGUUUCUGUGAAACUGCCUCUGAAUAUGUCCAGUAUAUGUGAUUCUGUCUUUAUAAAUUCAUGCUGCAGAGACUUGAAUCACUGCUGUACACACACGUUGUGUUGCUGAAGCUGUAGUAUUUCAUUCCUUGUCUUUUGGUGAGCGGUACUUCUGAUGAUUGUAGAUAAACACUACCAGGUGAUUCUAUUUAUUUAACUUUAUUGUGAACUUGCUAACUUCAGAUGAUUUUGUUGGAAACUACAAUUAAUGGGAUAUUAAGACCUAGUAUAUUUUAUUUUUAUAUCAGAUAUUUAAUUUAUUGUGUUCAUUUGAAAUUAACAUAUUUGUAUAUGAUGCUGCUUGAGCUGUUUUGUACUUUUGACCCUUUCAGAGAUCAUUUUGUUAUAUGG